AUGAUACACAAAUUUACGGCUCGAGAUGUGAUACGGAAUCUGAACGGGUUUUUGUGUGUUUAUAAGCCUAGAAACGUGUCGUUAACAGCUUUGAAGGCCUUACUUCAAAGGAGGAUAUGUGCUCAUGGUAAUUUUUUAAUACCUGAGAAGCCACCGAUCAUUCAGAAGCCAAUCGUUGAAUCGCAUCCAGUAUCUGGUGCACCAGUUGUUGUUGGAUUAAGGGAUCAGAUUGAUUAUGCGUAAGGUUGUUUGGCGUUGGAAUGAGGGAAUGCUUUGGUUUAUCUACAUUUUUAGUCUUUUUUUGGUCAAAAAGUUCAUGGAAAAGGUUAAAAUGGGCUUUUGUGAGUAUUGAUACCGAAAAUGACUUAUUUUAGUUUUCAUCCACUUGUAAAUGGCGGAACCUUUAAUCCAAUGGACAUUUUGUUAGAAGAACUUGAGCCAAUGGAAGCUACGACUUCUGGAGUCUGUGGUAAGUUAUCUAGGUCAUUUGUGGCACAUUUCCUACUUUUCUGUCGUUAUGUUUUAUACCUAAUCAUAGUCUUAAAUUACAGUAUUUGCUCUAAACGAUGGAGUGGAUGAACUAGAGGAAGUGCGAGACUUGACAUGGGUUAAUGAGUAUCAUUUGUGUGGAAAGUUGGGCGAGGCUACUCACAAAAAUGAACUUUUUGGAAAAAUAGCUGCUAAAGCUACUGCCGGUACGUUAUUAUUAAUUGUAAAGAAAGUUCUUGCCAUUAUGUUUGUUUCAAAUCAAAAAUCUUUUUAAAAUAACUUGUAAAAUGUCAUUUUAGACCACAUAACCCCAGUAAUGUUCAAAAAGCUACUAACCAGACUAUGUUUCCACUAUAAACGAUUGUCAUACGAGUUGGCCAAUGUUGAUAUGCAAUCGGAAGAAGCAUUCGAAUUGGCGAGGCAGGGAGCAGCUAGGCCAAGAAUCAUCGGAUCACCGGUCAUUUAUGGCCUCAGGCUUUUGAAGUUUGAUUUUCCAAACUUUGAACUUCAAAUGAAUGUGGUUUGUGAAAAUGACGUGUUUUUAAGGUGGGUAUUGAAUUAAACCUUGCUCACUACCUCUACCCUUUUACCCCCUACGCUUUUGCUCCCUAACAUUCUACCCCCUACCAUUCUAACUCAUUCUAUUCUACCCCCUUACUAUUAUAUAGAGUUACCUUACCCUAUCCAACCCUGCCGUACUCUUUCCUUCUCACACCUAUACCAACCCUUAAUUCACUGUGCUCCAUUGUCUCUCAUGCCUACCCUACCCUAAUCUUAACUUUAAAAAACCUUUUUUCAGAGAGUUCGUUCACGAAAUUGGCUGUAGCAUGGGAUCACUAGCUAGGCCAACCAAGAUUCACAGAGUUCGAGUAGGACCAUUGCUGAGGUCCCAUGCCUUAUUAGAUUGCCAUUUUCAACUGGCCAAUAUAUUGAAGAACCUCAAAAUGACAACCAGGAUCAUUGAAAUGGAGAAGAGAGUUAGGGCUGAGCCUACUGUAAGUUUUUGGCUUUUAAUUUUUACAAAAAUUACAAAAAAUACAGUAUGUGUGAGUACUGUAGUGAAGCAUACUGUAGUAUUGGGCAUAAUAGAGGGUAGUGGAGUGUCGAGGAUAGUAUGAGGUGGAGAGGUACUGUAGUAUUGCGUAUAGGAUGAGGAGUAUUGUACUACUGAGUAUAGUAUGGGAGGUAGUGUAGUAUUCAGUACUCGUUGAAGGAGAAUGUAACAACAAGUACGGUAAAAUAAUUACUGUAUCAAAGCUACCCUUUCUUCUUACCCUGCCUUAUCGUACUUUACCCUACCUUACUCUACCUUGCCCUACUUUACCUCGUAUGACUUUUCAGGUAAAAAUGAUAAGUUCGGAACAAACCACAGCACUUCUCAACGACUAUACCCAAAACUUUGACUCUCUGAACAAGGAGCGACGUUUAGCCAUAGCAGAUGGUAUCGAAGACGCCGAUGACCUGAGGAUACCAUGGGGAAGGGAAUAUACCAAGGCGUAG